AUGACCCAUUCGCAAUGCAAUGGAACCACCAUUAAAGGACAAAGAUGUAAAAUAAAAAUUUCAAAUGGAGAAAAAUAUUGCCAUUAUCAUCAGAAUCAAGCCAAACACAACUUCAAACAUGACACAUAUCAAUCAACCAACCUCUCGUUACAACAUGCUAGAACCAAAGAUUAUCAAAGAGGCUACAUAUAUGUCUAUACACUACAACAUCUACUCUCAAAAUCACCUAAGAAGCAAGGUUGGCUCCAAGUGAAAAAGCUAGCCAAAGUUGACAAUGUUUCAAAAUGGAAGGUUUUCGAUCCAAAGAAAUAUAUACUACUUAAAAUAGGUUUAACUACUGGCACUGUGACUCAAAGAUUGAAGCAAUGGGAAGCUAAAUGUAAUCAUUCAGUUGUUUAUGUUGAUCCUUAUGUGGAUUACAGUUCAUCUUUGGCUGCAUUAUUUUCAAAAUUAAACAUAUCUAAAAACCAUCAUGAACUGAAGCAUUAUGAUGUUUUGAACCAUGGAUUCUUUACACCAAUCCACCUUGCAAAGAUUGAAAAAGCUAUUCAUAAGUCAUUAUGGGAACUUUAUGGAAGAGGUGAUAUUAUUUGUCAUGGUUGCUCAAAUGAUACGAAAGAGCAUGGUAUUCAUGUUGAAUGGUUUAUGGUUAAAAGAAAAGAUUUGAAACUUGUGUUCAAGUUGAUUGACGAAAUUUGUGAUAGUUUCAUAAAGACCUAG